AUGGCCUUCAAGAAUGAUACUCAGUUAUUGAAGCUUACCAUUCAGCUGUGGGUUACACUUUUUGUUUUAUCUUACCCUUUAGAAAUUCACUAUUUCUUGACCUUUUCCCUAUUUGGAGCUAGAUCAAGGUGUUUGUUGUGAUUUUAUUCUGUUUUAUAGAGAGUUUUCCAAAGACGAAUCUCGGAUCGACAACCAGAGAGAGUUUUCGGCUUUCUGUCAGAUGGCGAUAGAGAAACUGUUGGGAGAAGCUGGUCCAGAGUACGUUGUGGAUAAAUUUUUUGAUCGGAAGGAGCAACUUGGGUCAGUGAUUUUUGAAGCGCAACAUUUGAAUCACAUUUGGGCCGCGUUGACGCUUCAGGGACGAUAUUUGAGUUCGCAAGUGUCAGUUGGCAUGAAGAAGGUAAGUGUUUGCGAUUUUGUCGUUGAUCUUUAGGUAAUUCCAUAAAAUUUCUGCAUUCGCUAAAAGAGUUAGAAUUUUCUCUGUCGGAAAAUAUUGUCCUUAUGACUUCAGCCUUGCGUAACGAACAAAGAAUACCAGUUUUUUGUAUCGCGUCCAAUUUUUGUCUGUCGAGAAGAUUAUCUGAUCUGCUGGAAUGUCUGUCACAAGCAAGACCAGUAUACUGCCAAUUUUUUUGGAAGAGGCUUUUUCGCUUCUGCAGACGUUGUCGUUUGCAAAUAUGAGCUCUAUUUCUGUUCGUAGGUACCUGCUUACUAUAACUCUAUUAUUUAUUUUGAUGUCUAUGUGGCCGACAUGGCUUAUAUUUCAAUUACUGAGGCAAGAAAACACUAGUUGCGUUAAUAUGACAUACCUGGCGAGGUUAGUAAGCGUUUGUUUUGUGUCGAAUUAGUUUUGGGAAUGAGAUGAAGUGUAAUAUAGCUAAAAUAUUAUCUCUAUGGUUGAAAAAAUGCCCUAAAAUUUUGUUUGGCACUUAAAAUACUACAUUUUCCAGAUUGAGAGAGUUCGACAAGUGCUACACGACAUGCAAUGA